GCGAAGGGCUGUAGCUAAGUGGUCUGUGUUUGAGGCCGGUGUACGGACGCUCAUUCUACGCCCAAACCUCGUCGCCAAGGACCUCGGUUUGUGCGUGCGUGUGUGCGGGGUGCCCGGUGGGGCGGCUGCCCAGUAAGUGCUUGGACUCGCAGGGGAAGCGCCCAAGGGAACGUGAUUGGUUGUUUUUUCCUGUAUGAAGCGGUUGGCACCACUGAAGUGACCGAAUGAGAGACUCUACAGGGGCAGGUAAUCCACUGGUCCACAAGCGGUCUCCUUUACGUCGAAACCAAAAGACCCCAACAUCCUUGACCAAGCUGUCUUUACAGGAUGGACAUAAAACCAAAAAAACAGCAUGUAAAUUUGAAGAGGGUCAGGAUGUCCUAGCUAGAUGGUCAGAUGGCUUGUUUUAUCUUGGAACUAUCAAAAAGAUAAACAUAUUGAAACAGAGCUGCUUCAUCAUAUUUGAAGACAGUUCUAAAUCCUGGGUGCUCUGGAAGGACAUUCAAACAGGAGCCACUGGAAGUGGGGAAAUGGUUUGUACAAUAUGCCAAGAAGAGUAUUCAGAAGCUCCCAAUGAAAUGGUUAUAUGUGAUAAGUGUGGGCAAGGAUAUCAUCAGUUGUGUCACACACCUCAUAUUGAUUCCAGUGUGAUUGAUUCAGAUGAAAAAUGGCUCUGUCGACAGUGUGUUUUUGCAACAACAACAAAGAGGGGUGGUGCACUUAAGAAAGGACCAAAUGCCAAAGCAUUGCAAGUCAUGAAGCAGACAUUACCCUAUAGUGUGGCAGACCUUGAGUGGGAUGCAGGUCAUAAAACCAAUGUCCAGCAGUGUUACUGCUAUUGUGGAGGCCCUGGAGACUGGUAUUUAAAGAUGCUACAGUGCUGCAAAUGUAAGCAGUGGUUUCAUGAGGCUUGUGUGCAAUGCCUUCAAAAGCCAAUGCUAUUUGGAGACAGGUUUUAUACAUUUAUUUGCUCUGUCUGCAGUUCUGGACCAGAAUACCUCAAACGUCUACCAUUACAGUGGGUAGAUAUAGCACACCUAUGCCUUUACAACCUAAGUGUUAUUCACAAGAAGAAAUACUUUGAUUCUGAACUUGAGCUUAUGACAUACAUUAAUGAAAACUGGGAUAGAUUGCACCCCGGAGAGCUGGCAGACACACCAAAAUCUGAAAGAUAUGAGCAUGUUCUGGAGGCAUUAAAUGAUUACAAGACCAUGUUUAUGUCUGGGAAAGAAAUAAAGAAGAAGAAGCAUUUGUUUGGGUUGCGAAUUCGUGUUCCUCCUGUGCCACCAAAUGUGGCUUUCAAAGCAGAGAAAGAACCUGAAGGAACAUCCCAUGAAUUUAAAAUUAAAGGCAGAAAGGCAUCCAAACCUAUAUCUGAUUCAAGGGAAGUAAGCAAUGGCAUAGAUAAAAAAGGAAAGAAAAAAUCUGUAGGUCGUCCACCUGGCCCAUAUACAAGAAAAAUGAUUCAAAAAUCUGCUGAGCCACCUUUGGAUAAAGAAUCAGUUUCAGAGAAUCCUUCCUUGGAUUUACCUUGUUCGAUAGGGAGAACUGAGGGAACUGCACAUUCAUCCAAUACCUCAGAUGUGGAUUUCACGGGUGCUUCCAGUGCAAAAGAAACUACCUCGUCUAGUAUUUCCAGGCAUUAUGGAUUAUCUGACUCCAGAAAAAGAACUCGUACAGGAAGAUCUUGGCCUGCUGCAAUACCACAUUUGCGGAGAAGAAGAGGUCGUCUUCCAAGGAGAGCACUCCAGACUCAGAACUCAGAAAUUGUAAAAGAUGAUGAAGGCAAAGAAGAUUAUCAAUUUGAUGAACUCAACACAGAGAUUCUGAAUAAUUUAGCAGAUCAGGAGUUACAACUCAAUCAUCUAAAAAACUCAAUUACUAGUUAUUUUGGUGCUGCGGGUAGAAUAGCUUGUGGUGAAAAAUACCGAGUUUUGGCUCGUCGGGUGACACUUGAUGGAAAGGUGCAGUAUCUUGUGGAAUGGGAAGGAGCAACUGCAUCCUGACUGUAGGACUGAACAUUAUGUUCACUGCACUCUCAUUUUCUGUAGGUACAGUUCAAAGCCCUAGAGGAGUCUGGUUUUUUACUAUCUUUCUUUUAAAAAAAAAAAAGUCAAAAAAUUCGCAAAAGGAGAUGAUACUAGCCUUAACAUGUACCUGUUAAUGUUAUGGAUAUUGUCAUAAAAAGAUAUCUUUUAAAAAUCAGAACAGAGACUUAAUUUUUUAAAUCUUAAGAUUUGUAGAAUGUUUCUAGGAUAGGAUAUUAAAAAUGAUUCAAACCCAUGCAUGGUGUUAGAUAAUUUUUCUAAUUAUUCCAUUGAGUCAGGUUUUGUGAUAAGUGGUUAUCAGAGCAAACAGAUCAUGUAGAUAGCACAAGUAUUUGGAGAAACAUUGUCUGUUUUGUUACCAAAAUGUUGGAAAAAAUCUAUUUCAAUACCUUUUAGAUUUCCUAAAGUGCAGUGUAUAUAAUGCCUACUGAAAGACUGUAAAAUAUUGAAAUUUUUUCAAGCAAAGUGUAAAAAAUAUAUUGAGCCUGUAAAUUGCUCUGUGACUAGACUUCAUUGUCGUCUUAAUAUAUUCUUUGCAUGUGCAUAUAUAUACACACGUGUAUAUAUAUGUGUGUGAUUAUGUGACCUAUGCAAUACAAAUUAUGGGAAUGGGCAGCUUUGGAGUAUAUAUCCCAUAAUUCUUUUUUCAGGAAUAGUUGCAGUAUUUACACAGCAGCAUUUCUUCUCAGGCUUUUAUUGGGUGCUGUUGCUUGCUAUGUAUGAAGAGAAAUGUGUCAAACAAGUUUAGUUGUUCUGAAGAAGGGUGUGAACAACAGUGUUCAUGGGCUUUUAGAAUGCUUUUCACUUUCAGUCCUUGUAACUCAGCUGUUCAGUACCUAAAACAAAUUCGAAUAAUGAACAUUAUCUCAACUAGAAGUAACGUUUUGAAAUAUUCGUGGCACAUUAUGAUUGUAAAUGUCUCUCAGUUUUAACAGUAAGUCUAUAGGAGUCCCGUGAAGAUUCCUGAAAUGUCUGUAGUUACUGUUAGUCAUGUUUAAAUAAAUGUAGUAUGAACAAAGUAUUUUAUUGCACAGGGUUAACAAACAGUAUGUUGCCAGGUGAGGCUACUGCUGUUUAUUACAACAUUACCUCUUGUUUUUAUAAAAUGUACCAAGAUUUAAAUUGAUAACUUUAUUUUACAUGUUAAAAACCAGUUUCUUUUA